UUGCAUUGUUGUAUUGAUUUUGAUAAAGCUAUAGAAAUUAAUGGUGGUAAUUCAGGAGUGAUUUAUAAAUCUGGAUGUAAAUAUUGUAAAAACAUAAGAGCCCUCAAACGCCUAAGGGACGCUAUUUCUUCACCUAUUUAA